AUCAGUGAACUCUGUGGAGAAACUACUUGUCCCCAGUGUCGGGAGUACUUCAAAUGUCCAGUGACUAUCGAGUGUGGGCACAAUUUCUGCCGAUUCUGCCUGACCCAGUGCCUGGAGGAGCCUAGAGGAGCCGGUUCCUGCCCUCAGUGUGGAGAAAAGUUUAAUCAAAGCAGCUUUAGGCCAAACCUGCCUCUGGCUAAUAUGGUCAAGAGACUUCAGGAGGGAGAAGGAAGGAAAGAGAGGAAGGAAACGUGUAAGAUCCAUCAGGAGCCCCUGAAUCUCUUCUGCAAAGACGACGAAGCCCUCAUCUGCUUGGUGUGUGACAGGGCCAAGGAGCACCGAGGGCACGAUGUGUUUCCCUUGGAUGAAGCUGCCCUAGAAUACCAGGUAGAAAUCAUUAGUCAGUUGAACCCUCUAGAGAAAAAGAGGGCAGAUCUUGAGGUCAAGAAACUGGCUGAAGAACUGGAAAACCAGGAGUGCCUGACACAGUUAGAAACAAGGGACCAGAAGCUCAGGUCUGACUUUCGGCAAAUGCACAGAUUGCUUGAAAAAGUGGCAAACCUCAAGCUGGCCCAGCUUGACAAUCUGAAGAAAGUGGUGAAGAAGAGGCAGCAGGAAAACACCCGCAAACUGUCUGGAGAGAUUUCCCAUUUCAGUAACCUGAUUGCAGAGAUGGAGGAGAAGUGCCAGCAGCCUGUAUGUGAAUUGCUGCAGAACAUCAGAAUCACUUUGAACAGGUAUGCGAAGGAACAAGUAAGGCAACCAGUAGACCUUUCUCCUGGAUUGGAGGAGAUCCUUGGAACGUACUCAGAGAAUAGUUCAGUUCUAGGAAAUACGAUGGUGAAUUUUAAAGAAUCUCUGGAGUCUCUGGAGCCACACCUGUACAAAGUGAAUGUGACUCUGGAUCCAGACACGGCCCAUCCCUGCCUUAUUCUCUCUGAAGAUCUGACAAGUGUGAUAAAGGGAGACGCCGAGCAGGAGCUGCCGGACAAACCUGGGAGAUUUGACGUUAGGCCUUGCGUGCUGGGCCGUGAGAGAUUUACCUCAGGAAAACAUUGGUGGGAGGUGGAGGUGGGGAGCAAUGGCAAAGGGGCAAUGUGGGCUGUGGGAGCGGCACGAGAGUCUGUCAGGAGGAAAGGGAAGUUCAACUUCCGUCUGAAUCCUCAGGAGGGGAUCUGGGCUGUAGGGAUGAUCACGGGGGAACUUGUAGCUUUUACUUCCCCCGAGCGGACCUCUUUGUCUUUGAGUCCUGUGCCCAGUAAUAUCCGGGUGACCCUGGACUAUGAAAAAGGUCUUGUGGAAUUUUUGGAUGUUGAGAGAAAUGAAUUGAUCUUUGCUUUCACCGCAUCCUCCUUCGAUGGGGAGAAGGUCUGCCCCUACUUCUGGUUAGGGUAUAGAUCCCAAAUGAAAUUGUGAGUUUCACAAAGGACCUCCACUGUCUCUCUGCACCUCCGCUAUCACUUCCACGCCCCUGAAAGACGGUGAUAUGACAGCAUCUUUUCCUUUGUUCCAUGAGAGGCAGACAAGAGUCUGUAAUUGUUAGAAUCUUCCAUUUCCAGAGCAAAAACGGUGCAUGAAAACCAUAUCAAAUGUAAACAAUUCAAAUAAUGAGGCAACAUUGGAGGCUCCCUUUAGUUGCAAUGUUCUGAAACUACUGGGCUUUCCACAGAAAAAUAUAUAAUACUUCAGGUAAUUUUGUUUUAGUUUUGUUUUGCUGGAGCUCAGAAAUUCUGUUAUUUCAAAUUGUAUAAAAUAUUACAAAUAAAUAAAAUAAUAAAUAUCACUUUCAAGCAGGUGUGUUAAACCUCACAUCCAUUCACACACAUGCUCACAGCCACAUAUAUGUUCAUACACAUUCAGGAUCAGAAUUACAAUCAUG